GUAUCAGCAGACUGCAACCAUGAAUGUUGUAAUUUAUUUUGUUUUUUAAUACAUUUAAGCAAAAAAGUUCAAUAAUGGCUAGGUUAUUGAUUUUAUUAUCUGUGAUUUUGUUCAGUGUCUAUAUGACAGAACAAGCUUACUUUUUGGAAGAAGAUUACAUCAACAAAAUCAAUGAAAAAACAAAAACAUGGAAGGCCGGAGUCAAUUUCAAACCAAACACACCAGAUGAACACAUUUUAAAACUUUUGGGAUCCAAAGGAGUACAAAUUCCAAACAAAGCUAACCGCAAAAUAUAUAAAUCAGAAGACGACGCCUAUGAUAAAUUUGUCUACAAUAUCCCAAGGAAAUUUGAUGCGAGGAAAAAAUGGAUCAAAUGUAGUACGAUUGGAAAAGUCCGAGAUCAAGGAAAUUGCGGAUCAAGUUGGGCAAUAGCAACAAGUUCAGCAUUUGCUGACCGUUUAUGUAUAGCUACAAAUGGAGAAUUUAAUCAAUUGUUAUCUGCAGAAGAAAUAACUUUCUGUUGUAUUUCGUGUGGUUUUGGGUGUAGAGGAGGUUACCCAAUAAAAGCUUGGAAACGUUUUAGGAAAUACGGUUUGGUUACUGGAGGAGAUUAUGGAUCAGGAGAGGGUUGUAAACCAUACAGAGUCCCUCCGUGCCCCAACGACGAGUCCGGAAAUAGUACUUGUGCUGGUAAACCGAUGGAACGAAAUCAUAGAUGCAAAAGGAAAUGUUACGGAGAUGAAGAAAUUGAUUAUCACUAUGAUCACAGAUACACAAGAGAUUCGUAUUACCUUACAUACGAAAGUAUCCAAAAGGACGUUUUAGUUUAUGGUCCCAUUGAAGCAUCGUUUGAUGUUUACGAUGACUUCCUUAGUUACAAGUCUGGAGUUUACGUUCGAACGGAAAAUGCUUCGUAUUUAGGAGGACAUGCCGUAAAAUUGAUUGGAUGGGGUGAAGAAUAUGGAGUGCCAUAUUGGCUUAUGGUCAACUCAUGGAAUGAAGAUUGGGGUGACAAUGGUCUUUUCAAAAUCCAACGAGGCACAAAUGAAUGUAGAGUUGAUUAUUCGACUACUGGAGGUGUACCAGUAAUUUACUAAGUGUAUAAUCAAUUAAAAAAAUGAUAUUUCGUUUUUGAUUAAAUAAAACCAAUUUUUAUUGUUCAAAAUA